GUUAACCUUGUCAACCUGCUUCCAUAUAGCCAAAGGCCAGUUUUGUUGAGGGAUUUUACCGUUAACUGCGAGAGACGGGGGAAAUCGGUGAAAUUCUAAAUGAAAUCAAGUCGAGUACUAAACGUUAACGACAGAACGACAUUGCGGUUCGGGAGAUUUCAUUGGGAAAAGGGAAGAAGGACUUUCGACCAUCCUUAUCUUCUCCAAGGGUGCGCUGAGAGGCUUAUUUGAAACGUGGAACUAAAUACGCUGCUUGCAAUAAUGCCAUUAUUACCAAGGCUAUUACGCCUGUCAAGGCUGCAGGCGUCCACCACCGCCAUCCACUGCCACCGUAGGAGCUUGACAACAACCAUGUCGUCUGGCAAAAGACUGCGGGUACUGGUGGACAUGGACGGGGUCAUAGCUGACUUCGAGGGCGGAUUUCUGAAGAAGUACCGAGCAAGAUAUCCCAACGACCCCUUCAUUACCUUGGAAGACCGGAGGGGAUUUUGGGUGUCGAGUCAAUACGGACAGUUAAGAAGCGACCUCUGCGAUAAAGCCAUCAGUAUCUGGGAGUCCAAGGACUUCUUCAUGGAGCUGGAUCCUCUGCCUGGAGGGGUACAGGCCGUGCAGGAGAUGGCCAAGAUGGACAAUACAGACGUGUUCAUCUGCACCAGUCCCAUCAAGCACUAUUACCACUGCCCCUUCGAGAAGUAUGCGUGGGUGGAGAAGCAUCUGGGUCCAGACUUCCUGGAGCAGAUCAUCCUGACCAGAGACAAGACGGUCGUCACGGGAGACAUCCUGAUCGACGACAAGCCAGACAUACUCGGGGUGGAGCCUAAUCCUACGUGGGAGCACGUGUUGUUCACGGCGUGCCACAAUAAGCACCGCCCCCCGAGCUCCUCCCAGACACGCCUCCUCUCCUGGGACGACGACUGGAGAGCCGUCCUGGACAGCAGGAGGAAAUGAGACACACACACGCACACACACGUACACGUACACGUACACGUACAUAUACGUAGAACCACGAGAGCCCGAGACACACACACACACACACACGCACGGCUAAAUGAGGGCCUGAGACACACACACACACACACAACCAAGAACAACCAAGAGGUGCUGGCACACACACACACACACACACACACACACACACACACACACACACACACACACACACACACACACACACGCACUCACACACCCGACAAAAACACACCCGACACACACACACACGCACAUCCGACACAAACACACCAAACAGACCACACAUGAUUGCACACAGACUCGGAAUAGCUCAGUACUCACCAUAUACUGUAACGCACAAUCAUAAGCCAUAAGCCAUAAGCUAUUCUUGGUUAGUGAAGGGACACUGCAUCAACCCAGCAUGUCUUUAUCUCACAUCCCACUAAGAACUGUAGAGUAGAGAACAGUUAUGUGUGUAUGUACCGGUGUGUAUGUAUGUAUGUACUGGUGUGUAUGUAUGUAUGUAUGUAUGUAUGUAUGUAUGCAUGUAU